UUCUGUGCAUAUCAAAGACCAAGCAGACCUCAUCUGUGAACGCUAACACCUCUGACCAAGAGAAAGAAACCAUAAAAGAAAGAGAAACAAUGGAAUUGUUCCUCCUUCUGACAGUAAUGCUGGCCUCGGUCUCAAGGCUGCAAGCAGGAACGUUGAGAGAAAAGUGGUGGAGACCAAGAGUACCCUCCAACGGUAACUCAGACAAUUCGGCAAAUUGCUACACUGGCAACGGGCAGGACUACCGCGGCACUGUAGCGGUGACUGAGUCUGGACAGAUGUGCUUGAAGUGGGACCUCUACGGAAGAGCUGUCUGGAACCAUGGGCUGAGCUCAGGCCUUGGGAAACACAACUACUGCAGGAAUCCAGAUUCGAGCAGAAAGCCGUGGUGUUAUACGCGGGUGAAAAAUUCGGUCAAACGGAAGUUCUGCAACAUCCCCCGCUGCCCGUCGCAGCCAAAGCCCCCAACCACUUGUGGUGAGCAAACUAAGAAGCAGUUGAAGAUCGUCGGUGGUAGAAUGACGACGGUGGAAUCACAGCCAUGGAUCGCCUCCAUCUUCAUGAAAUCUCGCUCCAGAAAUGUGUUCCAGUGUGGUGGGAGCUUAAUUUCCCCAUGCUGGGUGCUCACAGCAGCCCACUGCUUCCCUGAAGGCUCCUAUACGGACUCAGCAAAAUACACUGUUUUCCUUGGGAAGAAUGCCAUCAAUGAGACUGACCCUACAAGAGAACAGAGCUUUAUUGUAGAGGAGGUCAUCAUCCAUGAGGCUUAUGAAGAGAGCGGUCAAGCAUACAACAAUGAUAUUGCCCUACUGAAGAUCAGGGGCAAUCAAGGACAGUGUGCAUAUGAAACGGAUACUGUAAGGACUGUGUGCCUCCCACCCCGAGGCCAGAUGCUACCUUCAGGAACCUACUGCCAGAUUGCUGGCUACGGAAAAACGGAAGAAGGCUUUGGAUUCUUCUCCCAGUUCCUGAAAGAAACAUCCAUACAGCUGAUGUCCCAGAGCAUCUGCACAGAAAAGGAAUACUAUGGAAACAUGAUGACGGAGAACAUGUUCUGUGCAGGCAGCCCUGAGUGGGAUACAGACUCCUGCAAGGGUGAUUCUGGGGGCCCCUUGAUCUGUGAGGUGAAUGACCACAUGUUCCUCUUCGGAAUCGUCAGCUGGGGUGAGGGCUGUUCCCGCAAGUUUCGCCCAGGCGUCUAUACCAGGGUCACUAACUACAACCAGUGGAUUGAGGACAAGACACACAUGCCAGACAUUGCCUCUGGAUCAAUGUACCCAGUGAAGUGAGCCAUUUGACAGGGUCCAAGGGUCAUGUGGCCCCCACUGGAUGCUCCAGUGACCGCCAUAUGAUGUCCAGCUCAAUACUGCAGUACUGGAAUUCUUCACAGAAAGGACUUGUGCUAUUGUGUUCAAAUAACAUAUGUCAGAUGCUGAUACAGUCAAACAAUUUCACGUUGCAUCCUAUACAUACAAAGUGUACUGGAGCACUGGUUGGUCCAGCACUGAUUUUCAAGAGGUCUUAAUGAGAAUAAUACCAACAUGCAGCAUUACAUUUAUUUAACUGUACUGGUGUUGUACUAUGCACUUUAGUGCUGUUUAACAUAAGGAUUAGUAUAACUAAUGAUGACACUUUAGACAUGUUAUGUUUAUUUAUUUAUUUAUUUUUACAUUUACUUGGAAAUAUUAAAAUGGUAGCAGAACCACUGUGCCAUAAACCUGUGCUUAUUGCAGCAGAAGUGCAGUAUUGUGUAAAUACCUUUAUAUAAAAGAGGUUUGUUGUCAUUUUGUUUUUAUUUCAAAUAUUUUUAUUUUAAAUAAUUAUGUUACACAAUGGAUUUCUUUUGUAGAGUCAGUAUAAACCGUAUUUAUAUUUUAUAUUUAUAUUAUAUUUUAGCUCCAAUAAAGUUUUUCAAGGUUGUCAAGCCAUAUAUUUGUAACGUCAGUCUUUUUUUACCAUUCCUCCAAAUACACUGCUUGUACUCCUUCAAAUGGUGUUGACUGCCAUAAUUACUGUACUAAAGACCUUCGAUCACAUCACUGUGUUACAGACACAGGCUCCCAGUUAAUACUGUUAUUAAUCUAGUGCUUAG